AAUGGUUAUAUUGCCUUGAAUCAUAAAUCCAAAAAAAUUAUAAUAGCAUUUAGAGGCUCAAGAUAUUACAAUGACUGGUUAAUUAAUUUAUCUAUUUUUCCUGUUAAUUUUAUCCCAUAUUUGCAGUACCAUAUUGACAAUUCUUUUAAUAGCUACAAUUGUUCAUGUUGUUUGGUUCAUUUUGGGUUUUUUCAAGCUUACGGGUCAAUUGUCGAAGAUAUUUAUUCAACAACAAUCGAAUUGGUCAAAACUUAUCCAGAUUACUUUAUUGAAAUCACCGGUCAUUCAUUAGGUUCUUCUCUAGCUAUAUUAACUGGCUUGGAAUUUAAAUUAUUAGGUUUAAACCCAUUAAUUAUAACUUUUGGUGGUCCAAAGAGCACUAAUCACAAAUUAAGUGAAUUUAUUAAUCAAGUUUUCAAUACAGAUGCUUUAUUAAAUAAUCUAUUUGAAAAUGAAAUACUAUUUGAAAAUGGUGGAAUAAUUCGAAUAAUUCAUAAAGGCGAUUAUGUUCCUGACUUACCACCAACA